AAUAUUUAUCUAUAAAUCUCUGUGUUCCUUGUCUUUUCCAUUCUGAUACUACAGAACACUUGUAUUAAACCUAGCCCCUUGAAAUCUGUGAUCUUCUUUGUGGAGGUUUGCCAUUAAGAGAAAACUCAGAAAAAAAGCUUCUGCCCUUUUUUUGGAGCUAUUUACACCUAAGGUAAACAAGAUUCCUGAUACCAUUCUCUUACAUCCUCUUCUUUUUCUUAAUGAUUCCCUUAAAUAACCAAAAAAAUUCAUUAAAAAAAAACCAAACAACCCUUUCUCUUUGCUAUAAAUAGUUGUAAGGCUUUCUAGCUGGCAAGCUCUUUUGGUACUUAAAAUAAAAAAGUCCCAAACUUUUUAUCUCUAUUCAUUCUUGAAAUUUUGAGAGAUCUAAUUAAAACCAAACCCAUGGAAGAGUUGUAUGGUGGCUAUAACAACAACAGAAACAGUGGAAAAACACAGAAAGAUGGAGAUUUUCAAGAAGAAGAUGUAUGGGCUUAUAUGAAGGAAACAGAUUUUUCAGCUUCAUCAUCCUCAAGAAGAGUUAAAAAAAGUAGUAAUAGUACUAUUGAGUCCAUUGCUGUGCCACUACAGAAAUCAUCAACUCCUGUUAAGAUCAAUGACAAGAAAUCAAAAAGAGUUUCAAAAGAUGGUUCAUUGGUUUCUUCUGAUGGUGCAGUUUAUUAUGGAAAUAAUGUUGAGAGUAUUAAUGAAGUAGAUGAAGAAGAUGAUUAUGGAGAUGGAAUAGUUCCACCACAUGAAUAUAUAGCAAGAAGGUUAGCAAGAAAUCAGGUUGCUUCAUUUUCAAUGAUGGAAGGAGUUGGAAGAACUCUAAAGGGAAGGGACCUUAGCAAAUUAAGGAAUGCCAUUUUAACUAAGACUGGUUUCUUGGAAUAGUUAGUCAUCUUCAUUGAUAUCAUAAGUUUUAGUACCUAACUAACAAAGACUAGGUUGCACAAAUUUUUCAAAAUGUUGUCGUACCCGUGUCGGAUCCUCCAGAAAUACGUUAUUUUUGAAGGAUUAGUCGUGCACCCGAAGACAUUUUUGGAGAGUCCGAACAAUAUCGAUAUGUUUUUUUUCAUGUGUCACUACUAUUAUUUUUAGUAAGUACUAUGUAUCGUCCUCCUAAUUACUAGCUAGCUAGCCAAAGUCCACCUUCUACUAUUUUUUUCUUUUUCUUUUCUUCCUUAUCAUGUCUAAGUAUGGCCUUCCAAUUUUGAGCUCGGAGUUGCAAUUUUUGGGGGAAAAGAAUGGCAGGCUCUGGAAUUUUGUUAGGAAGGUUUAUAUGUUUUUGUA